AUGGGCAAAUCUUCCAAGGACAAGCGUGACGCUUACUACCGUCUGGCCAAAGAGCAAGGCUGGCGUGCACGUAGCGCUUUCAAGCUGCUGCAACUGGAUGAAGAGUUCGACCUCUUCGCCAACGUGACAAGAGUUGUUGACCUGUGUGCCGCUCCAGGCAGUUGGUCCCAGGUGCUAUCUCGCGUCCUCAUUAAGGGAGAAAAGUUUGGUCGGUCAGCAUGGGAGGAUCGUGAGGCCAAGUUCCGCCAAGAGAUGCUCGGCGUCUUCCCAGCUACCCCUGAAUCCGCCGCAUCAGGAGAGGAGACCAAGACCGAGGCUGCUCCCGAAGAGACGCAACCUCGCAAGGAUGUCAAGAUUGUGUCUAUUGACUUGCAACCCAUCAGCCCUCUCCCCGGCAUCAUCACCUUGCGUGCCGACAUCACCCACCCCGCUACUGUGCCCCUGCUCCUCAAAGCCUUGGAUCCCGACUACGACGCCGCCAACUACAAGAGUCAACAAGCUAGUCAUCGAGUCGACCUUGUUAUCAGCGACGGUGCUCCUGACGUCACUGGUCUCCACGAUCUGGACAUCUACGUCCAGUCGCAGCUUCUCUUCGCCGCCCUCAACCUCGCUCUUUGCGUGCUGAAGCCCGGCGGCAAGUUCGUCGCCAAGAUCUUCCGCGGCCGCAAUGUUGACCUCCUCUACGCGCAACUCAAGAUCUUCUUCGAGACCGUCAUCGUCGCGAAGCCGAGAUCCUCCCGUGCUAGCAGUGUUGAAGCCUUUAUCGUUUGCAUCAACUUUCAGCCUCCUGCCGGUUUCCAGGCCAGUCUUGAGAACCCGCUUGGUGUCGGCCAUGAGCUGCCAACAAUGGUCGAGGCGAGGAGGAGCCAGCUGCCUGCCAUUGCUGAUGCGCUUAUGCAGAACCCCCUGACCGGAAAAUGGGACUCUGCUCCUACGGCGUCUGCGACACGGGGAGACGGUCAGGUUGUCGAGGUGGAGGCUUACGACGAGACUGAUGAGACGACGGACCACGAGAAGCACAUUCGAUGGAUUGCGCCCUUCAUCGCAUGUGGUGACUUGUCGGCAUUCGAUUCCGACGCAUCAUACCAACUGCCCGAGGAUCACGUAUCUCUAGAUCCCGUUCAACCCCCGACGGCUCCUCCCUACAAGCGGGCCAUUGAAUUGAGAAAAGCUGCCGGAGGAGCGUACGGCAAGACGUCUAUUAAGGCAUGA